AAACGAAUAGGGCAGAAGGUUUCCCAGUGAGCGCCAAGGGCUGCCCUCGGUUUACCAUCCCUAUUGAUGGCUGGGAGGGCGAAACGGAGUGCCCCAGAGCCGAUAGGGCGCUCAAGGACUUGGGUUACCAACUUCAGCAGAUAAACCCAACAAGAUGGGUAUCCACUUUGGAAACUUGGAAAAAGUUCGGCAUGUGAUCACCUACAGCUUGUCUCCCUUUGAACAGAGAGCAUUUCCCAACUAUUUCUCCAAUGGGCUCCCCAACCUGUGGCGGCGAUUCAGUUCGCAGUUCUUCCGGGUGGCUCCUCCAUUUAUGCUUGCCUAUAUGGUUUACUCCUGGGGAACUGAAGAAUUUGAACGCCUGAAAAGAAAGAACCCAGCCGACUAUGAAAAUGAUGAAUAAUCUGACAGAUGUCGAGAACCAUUGUACCGUCUUAACCAUGUCAACACUCGCUCGUUGACCUGAAUACACAAGUAUCUAAAAGAACACUUUAAAGACUUGUUCAAUAAACCUGUAUUUCAGAUCCUA